AUGUCAUCUGUUUCAAAUAAAGACAUUGCUUUAUCAAUUAUAAAUUUUUUGAAACAAGCAGUUGAAUCAAAACAAAUUGCAGAAGAUUAUGCAGAAUCAAUGGAUGUUGCCAUUGAUUGUAUAGCUGAUGCCUUUGAAGUUAAUAAAGAUGAUGAAAAAUCAACAAUUGAUUCAAAAUUCGGUGGUAAAUCAUUAUCUGAAUUAUUAAAAAGUCAAGCAACAAUCACCAAAGAAGAUGAACCAACUCCAAUUGAAGUUGAUGAAGAAACUAAACAAAAAGCUGAUGAAUCAAAAAUUGAAGGAAAUAGAGCAAUGGCGGCAAAAGAUUAUGAUACUGCAAUUUCAAAAUAUACUGAAGCUAUAGGAUUAGAUCCAACUAAUGUUGUAUAUUUAUCAAAUAGAGCUGCUGCUUAUUCAUCUGCAAAAAAACAUGAACAAGCAGUUGAAGAUGCUGAAAAAGCUAUCAAAUUAAAUCCAAAAUUCUCAAAAGCUUAUUCGAGAUUAGGUUUAGCCCAAUAUGCAUUAGGUGAUGCAAAAGCAGCAAUGGAAGCUUACAAGAAUGGUUUAGAUAUUGAAGGUGAUAAUAAAUCAGAAGCUAUGAAAAAAGGUUAUGAAACUGCUAAAAGAAGAGUUGAAGAAUUAUUAGAAGAUUCAAUUUCAACAAAUGAAAGAGGAACUGGUAGUAAUAAUAAUAAUAACAGUAGUAGCAACCCAGGUGCUGGACCUGGUGGAUUACCAGAUUUCAGUUCAUUAUUAGGUGGAUUAGGAGGUGCAGGUGGUGCAGGAGGAAUGCCAAAUUUUGCAGAAUUAAUGAAUAAUCCAGCUUUAAUGCAAGCAGCUCAACAAAUGAUGUCAGAUCCUCAAGCAAUGCAAAAUUUAUUAAAUAACCCAAUGCUUAGUCAAUUCAUGGGUGGUCUUGGUAGAAAUAAUGGUAAUCAAGGUGGUAGUGAUUAA